AAGUGAUCUCUGUUCCAGUCUAUUUUAUACCAUUAGAGUACAUGGUAAUCUCAGAAGGAAAAUCUCACGUAGCAUUCGAGUUUCAGAUGUAAAAAUGUGCUUCCCAAAAAGUGUACAUAGCUGCUGAUCGAGGAAACCAGUAGAAGAAGGGGGGGUUGAGGCUGCGUUGGUUGGUUUCCUGAAAACAGGAGAGAUUGAGGCUAGAGUGAGGGUCGGAAGCUUGUUGGAAUAGAAGAUGGAGAAAGGGAAGGAGCAUGCAUCUUCCUCUACACCUCCUACCGCACAUCCAGAAAUAAAUCCUCUGUCCCAGGCGAUACCAAUACCAUUUUAUCCGGGUUUGUCAAACUAUAUGCAUGGUUUCCAUCCACCAAUGCAUCAUGCGUGGUUACCACCAUUUGUGGAGCAUCCCGAUGCAAACCCAUCUACAUGGACUAGUCAGGGAAAUCCACUGCCCCCAUUUCACUCAUCAGCUUUCUCUCCGAUUGGUGCUCAGUCGACAACUUCAAGCCAUGUCGAUGAAAUCCAACAUAUGUCACCCGAGUCUACUGGAAAAAGUUUGUCAACUGAGCCUUCCAUUCAUGAUACUGUUGAACCCAAUGAUGCCGAUCAGUCCGGGGAUAAUGUUGAACUCAAAGAUGCCGAUCAAUCCGGGAGUACAAAUAUUGAAGGGGCCGAUAUCGUUGAGGAGCCAAAAUUGGGAAUGGUGUUUAAAUCUGAAGAGGAGUUACUUUCUUACUAUAAACGAUAUGGGCAACAAUCCGGUUUUGGGAUUAUGACACAAAGGAGUCAUAGGUUUGAGGAUGGGAGCAUUAAAUAUGUCACAUUGGGUUGUGCUCGUGGUGGGAAGGCACGAAACCGUACGACAAAUGUUGCGAGGCCGCGUCCGACAUCAAAGACAGAAUGUAAGGCACGGAUAAAUGUGAUGUUUAAAAAAGGGGUGUUGAAGGUGUCGAGUGUUAACAAUUCCCAUAAUCACGGCCUAAGUCCACAAAAGUCAAGGUUCUUUCGCUGUAAUAGAGAAGUGAGCGAGUCUGUUAAAAGAGUGCUAGAUAUAAAUGAUCAGGCUGGGAUCAGAAUGAACAAGAGUUUUGCCUCUCUUGUUCAAGAAGCAGGUGGGUUUGAGAACUUGCCAUUCACUGAAAAAGACUGUCGUAAUUACAUUGACAAGGCACGCCACCUUCGACUGGGAAAAGGUGGCGCUGGAGCCCUCCGUGAGUACUUUACUAGGAUGCAAUAUAAGAAUGACGGGUUCUUUUCAAUAAUGGAUAUGGAUGAUGACGGACGGUUGAGAAAUGUAUUUUGGGCGGAUGCACGAAGUAGGGCAGCUUACAAAUAUUUUGGAGAUGUCGUCACAUUCGACACGACGUAUUUGACAAAUAGAUAUGGGAUGCCGUUUGCACCGUUUGUUGGUGUAAACCACCAUGGUCAGUCAAUUCUUUUGGGGGCAGGAAAUUUCUAG